AUGGUCAGCGAUUUGGGGGUGAAUGUGACAAAGUGUGUACAAUCUGUGAGGUUCACUAGAGGAUCUCCACCAGAACCUAUCUCUACAGUCAUCAGUACAGAUCCACAAGGACCAUUAGGAAUCUGUCAGUCAGUGGACGGUGGAUUACUGGUCACCCUGAGAGACAAUGAAUCGGAUCCGUACAACUUAGACACGCGCAGCAGACGUCUGUUGAGACAAAUUACAAUGAGAGGUGAUGCCCAUGAGUAUGAGUACCAGGAGGACGGUCACACCAGACUGUUUACAUUGCCAGUCAGAGCCACACAGAACAGUAACAGUGAUAUCUGUGUUGUGAACCGUUCUCGGAGCACGGCAGGUGAUCUAAGGAUUAUCUCUCUCUCUGGCGGUAUCAAGUCAGUCUAUCAUGGCGAGAACUUGACUAAGACCUUCAACCCAGCUGAUGUAGUGUGCGACUGCCACUGUAACAUCCUUGUUACUGACAUUAACAACCGCCAAAUCCAUCUGCUGAGUCCUGAUGGGGAGUUUUUGAGGUCCUUGCUGACAGAUAAUGAAGAGAAUCGUCCAUACUCACUGUCCCUACGCAAUACUAAACUGUGGGUAGGAUACUGUGAAGGAUUUGUCACAGUGUUUCAGUACAGGAUGUAA